AUGUCUCAACUCAACUACAACUCCGACUCCUUGGGCAAGGGCGAUGCCGCCGCGCGCUCCGCCACCAAGCAGCGCCGACGACGCCUCGCCUUCAUCAUCGCCGCGGUGAUUGUCAUUAUCGGCCUCGGUCUAGGACUUGGACUUGGCCUCGGUCUGCGAAAGGGCGACGACGACGACGACGGCGACGAUGGCGACGACACCACCGACGACGGCACCGACAGGGGCGCCAACCGCACCACGAUGUGGAAUCCCUCGGUCGGUGACUCGUGGCAGAUUAUCCUCCUCAAGCCCCUCGACACCUCGGUGGACCUCGAGCCGGAUGUGGAGGUCUACGACCUGGACCUGUUCAACAACGAGGCUACCGUGUUCGACGACCUGCACGCCAAGAACAAGAAGGUCAUUUGCUACUUCAGCGCCGGCUCGUGGGAGAACUGGAGGGACGACAAGGACAAGUUCGAGGACAGCGAUCUCGGCUCCACGCUCGAUGGGUGGCCCGACGAGAAGUGGUUGAAACUCAGCAGCGACAACGUGCGCUCCAUCAUGGCCGAGAGGAUCAAGCUGGCGAGCCGCAAGGGCUGCGACGCCAUUGACCCGGAUAAUGUUGACGGAUACGAAAACGACAACGGCCUCGGUCUCACCGAAGAGGACUCCAUUGACUUCAUGAAGUUCCUCUCCGAGGAAGCCGCCAAGUACAACAUGUCGACGGGUCUCAAGAACGCCGGCUCCAUCAUCGACCGCUCCCUGCCCUACGUCGCCUUCUCGGUCAACGAGCAGUGCGGCGAGCACGACGAGUGCGAGACGUUUGAGGCCUUUAUCGAGGACAAGAAGCCCGUCUUCCGCAUCGAGUACCCCAAGGAGGACCUCACCGACGAGGCGCGCAUUGCCGCCGUCUCCAAGCAGAGGUGCGAUGCCGCGGGUGCCUCGGCGUUUAGCACGGUACUGAAGAACAUGAACCUCGACGGUUGGGUCGAGUAUUGCGAUGGCGAUACAUACGAUACCUCCAUCGUCAGCUAA